CCUUCUCACUGUAGGUCUCGCCACUUUCAAUAUCACACCAUCUUCACUCAGGACAUGGCCUUUAUUAUUCGUGAAAUUAUUACAGGAUAUUCGGCAUAAAGCUCUAAGGCUAUACUGGCAUACUAAUGCUAACCAAGAAAGACAACCUGACAAGUGCUGAUGGAAAUGCCAAGUUGGCAAUCUAUACUUUUUAAAAACAUCACAGCAGGUUGCCAUAUUACACGCAAUUACCAGUUUAGCCUGGAAUUCAUUCUAGAGAUCGACAAGGUGAACAUUCACGCCAAACUUAAACGAUUGAAAAGAGUCAACAGAGCAAGUACUUCGCAAUAAUCAAAGCAAUUAAGAUGAAUGAUAUAGCAUCUGGGAUUAAGAAGAGUCGUUCGUAUUACCGAUAGACGUAUUACAGAUCAGCUUUGUCAAAGAAAACUUAAGAAGAUGCAUGAAUUAUACGGUUUGAUCAAGGAAGAAAAUCACAUUUUGAUCUUAGGACAAAAAUCUUGAAGAGCACACUUUCAAAUUCAGCAGAUUAUCAGCACAGGAAAAAUUACUGGUUAAAAAUAAUACGAUCUGGAUACGUAAAGAAAUACGAACUCCCAAACAUAAUACAGUAUUUAUUUCUUUACAGGACAUAAAAUAUAGCGAAAAGGGAUAUUGAAUAUAGAAUGAAAUAAUAGGAACAGCAAGCAAUGGUUUUCUGUUAGAAAAUACAUCGGGUACAAAAUUUGCAGUGCGCAAAGUGGGAGAUAUGAAAAAAUGGAUUUUCGUUGCUGGAGGCUGGCCGUUAUUGUAUUUUUAACGUACUAUGUACUGUUGUUUGUUGGUGCCGUGAUUAUUAUGCUUAUAGAAGCGAAUGAGUUGGAAAAUGUCCCGAAUUACACCUUAAAUUCGACAAAGUCACUGGAACAACUGCUAAGAGAAGAACUCAAAGUAGCAGUGAACAGAUCUAGUUUAGACAAAAUUGUAAAGAUGACACAAGAUAUCACAGCAAAGCAGAAAAGAAUUGACGACUUAAAGUGGAAGAGAGAUAUUUCUUGGAGUACUCUUUACAAAUGGAGAUAUUUCACUCAUACAACAUUAACCACUGUAGGUUUUGGGGACAUAGUUCCUGAGACAGAUGGUGGCAAAAUUUUUGUUAUAAUCUACGGUACAAUUGGCAUUCCUCUGAAUAUUCUGGUAACCACAUGCAUUGGGUUUCUAUUAUCUGGAUACUUAAGUAAAUUGAUACGAAGAAUCGAUCAAUGUGUUUUCCGCCGCGAGGAGAGUUACCAUGUCGAGUUUAAGACACUAAUACUUUUGACAGUUAUGUGUGUCGGCUGGUUAAGCAUUGGAGCAGGUAUGACGUCAGUAGUCAUGAAGUGGUCUUGGUUGGAAGGCUACUAUGCAGUCUUUGUCAAGUUCAGCACAAUAGGUUAUGGCGACUAUACGCUUGAUUUCAGCAAAGUGAGCAAUUACUGGGAAGUAUUGUCGUGGUACACGAAUAUCGGUCUGGCAGUGGUCGCUGGGAUUUUCGAUGCUUUGACAAAAGUUGUGCGGAAGAGAAAUGAAGGCAAAGUAUCUCAAGGGCAAAAUCCGAGAACCAAUGACACAGAACUGCAUGAAUUCGAAGGAUGUGAACUUAAGUCGAAAAAUGCACGACCAAAAAAGGAAGUACAACGCAAACCUGUGUGCUAG